AUGGCAUCUGCUGGCGAGGGAGUCCUAUCCAAGAGGGGUGACCACACCCCUGAGAAGGCAACCUCCCUGAGCGAUGUCGAGAAACAAACCACGCCCCAGAACGACCAGCUGCACCGCAAGCUGUCGGCAAGGCAUCUCCAAUUCGUCGCCAUUGGCGGUACCGUUGGCACUGGAGUCUUCAUCGCAUCAGGGGGUUCGAUUGCAACCGCUGGCCCUGUCGGCGCUCUCCUCGCAUACAUCUUCGUCGGAACGCUCGUGUACUCGGUCAUGCUCAGUUUGGCUGAGAUGGCCACCUACCUCCCCGUAGCCGGAGCAUUCACACAAUACGCCGCCCGCUUUGUUGAUCCCAGUCUUGGCUUUGCCAUGGGAUGGAUCUACUGGUUCUCCUGGUCGAUUACGUAUGCGCUCGAACUCACUGCCGCGGGCCUCAUCAUCCAAUGGUGGAAUUCAGACCUCAGUAUCGGCAUCUUCAUCACCAUCUUCUGGGUUCCCAUUACGGCCGUCAACUUCCUGCCUGUGGAUAUCUUUGGUGAAUUCGAGUUUUGGUUCGCGUUGAUCAAGGUUGUCGCUCUGGUUGGGUUUUGGAUCUUCGCCAUCUGCGUGAACGCUGGUGUUGGCGUCCAAGGCUACCUUGGCUUCAAGUACUGGAAUGAACCCGGCGCCUUUGCUCCUUAUCUCGCAGAGAGCCCUGGAGUGGCCAAAUUUGUCGGCUUUUGGGCCGUAUUAAUACAGGCGGGGUUCGCUUAUCAGGGCACAGAAUUAUGCGCCAUUGGGGCCGGCGAGUCUGCGAAUCCUCGAGUGACGAUGCCCCGAGCCAUCAAGCGCACCUUCUGGUCCAUCUUCUCGCUCUUCGUGGGAACCAUCUUCUUCAUUGGCAUCCUUGUGCCCUACAAUCUCGAAUCACUCCAGGUGGGUGACACGAACGCGGGAUCCAGCCCCCUUGUCAUUGCCAUCCAAAUGGCGGGCGUCUCCGCUCUUCCAGACAUCAUGAACGCCAUCCUCCUCACCGUCGUUCUUUCCGCCGCCAGCUCCAACGUCUACUCUGGAAGCCGUAUCCUCGUUGGUCUCGCAGAGGAACACUGCGCGCCCGCAUUCUGUAAACGCACCACCAAACGCGGUGUCCCCUACAUUGCCACCGCCAUUACCGCCGCCAUGGGCCUCCUCGCCUACAUGAACCUCUCGAGCAAUGGCGGCGAAGCCUUCAACUGGCUUCUCAACAUCAUCUCUGUCGCCGGCUUCAUCGCCUGGUCCUGCAUCUGCAUCUGCCACCUGUGCUUUAUGCGCGCGCUAAAGGCCCAAAACAUCAGCCGCGACACCCUCCCGUUCAAGUCCUGGGGCGGCAGCCCCCUCGCCAUCUACGGCCUCUCCUUUUGCGCCAUCAUCACCCUCACCCAGGGCUUCACGGCGUUUGUCCCCUGGAACGUCGAGGACUUCUUCAUCGCCUACGUCAGUCUCAUCCUCUUUGUUGUCUUGUACACGGGCCACAAGAUUGUCAAGCGCACGGCUUUCAUCAAGCCUGCGCAGGCGGAUAUUCUGACGGGCAAGUUUGAAGAGGAGAUUGCCGAGUCGUGGGAGGAAAGCUCGGCGAGCUCGUCGUGGCAGAGGUUUAGGAAUAAGAUUCUGAGGCAGUAA